AUGGAUCGGCAACGAUUAGUAGUAUUUAUUCUAUUAGCGAUUUCGCUUGUAUUUCUAAUAGCCGGUGCGGUUAUGCUGGGAGUCGGGAUACACAAAGCGAAUAAGAAAAAGGAUUGUCCAGCCAAUGGUGGUGACCCAACUCCAAGUCCUCCAGUUGAUUACUCUCAAAUAUCGGCAAUUUUUGUCUCAACAAGACAUACCGAUAUUGAUUGGGAUGCUUCAUUGACGGAUUCAACUUCUGUGAAGUUUUUGGCCGCUGCGACAAGUGUUCAAAAAGCUAUCAAUACUGCCUUGGGACCUCAAUCAGUCGCACAUAUCUUCUUAGCAUCUCCUUUGCCCGUAAAGAUCAUCGUUCACAGCUUUAUAGCCGAUCUCGUCAACGGAGCUCUCAAAGUCGACGCCUAUUCAUCAUUGAUUUAUUCGACGAGUGUCACUGCGACGGAUAUCACCAAUACCGGCGAUAUGCUCAAUCAAAAGCUUGGUGGAGCGUUUUCUUAUGGCUCUCCACUCCAAUAUUGUCCAACAAAUCCGUAUCCUCCACCGAACAGCAAUCCGCCGUCAACCACUGCGGCUCCAAGCACCACCGCUCAAACGCUCCCAGCCGGCAGCACAACCACAAUACGUGGAGGAGCUUGGUGCGAUGCGUCAAACAAAAACGUGGCCGUGGUCUUCCUCGUGGACGUCUCGUUGCCGAUCAGUGGAAAUCUCACAACAAAGAUGGCAUUGCUUCGUGAUUACUUGUCAAAAGUCGAUCUCUAUGUCAACUUGCCCCAGAAAGGAUCGUGGGGAAAUGUCUCAUUCUUCUUGGUGCCAUAUUACGAUUUCACCGCUUACACCCUCGGCAGUGCUCCCACUCUUGAUCAUCCAACAUGGGCUGAUACAGUCAAUUCUCUCAAUGAAACUCUUGUCAAUCCAAACAAUAAUGAUUCUCCAAACUUGGCUCAUGCUUUGAAUUACGUGCAAGAAACGAUCGGCAAAUACAUUCCAUCGGGAACAGCCAGAGCUCUUGUCAUUGUUACUGAUGGACUGGAUCAAGGAGUAAACCGAGCCCAGACUACGAUCGACACAGCUCAACAGCUCAAGAACGAGUACUACAGUGUCUCUAUUGUUUCAGCCGCUCAAUCAACCAUUGCUAAUGCCACUUUACAAAGCGUGGCCUCUGAUCCAUCUCAUUACUAUUCUCUCACCGAUUUCACUUGGCUUGGAAAUCGUGGAGUCUUGGCUGCGACGAGUUAUUGGAUUUGCAAUUCUUUCUACCCAUCGACUCCAGCACCAACAACGCCACCAACAAGGGUACCGUUGGAGUUCUCAACUGUUGGACCAACGACAACUGGAACGACUCUGCCGCCAACUACGACACCUUUGGCCAACUGCCCGAUGGACGUGAUCUUUGUGAUCGAUGAGUCGCAAACUAUGCUCGACACAUUCUUCAACACUGGAUUAACCUAUUUCGCGAACACUGCCGAUGCAUUAGUGAAAUUGCAAUCAAAUGUCCGAUUUGGAAUCGUCGCUUUCAACAAAAAUGUGGUGUUCUCCUCAUAUCAAGACAAAGGUUUCUACAAUAUUAGCGAUUUCAAAACGGCUCUCGGAAAGAUUCCAAGAACGACGGACGUUGUUGAUUUCGCGGCUGGAUUCGGGGAAGUGAGGAAUAUUUUGCGGGACUUCUCAAGAAAAACCGAUUCUGCUGUGCUUCCGUUGAUCGUUUUUCUCACUGAUGGUGAUCAACUCGAUGGUAACGUGGCGAAAGUGAUCCCGAUCACGAGUGAUAUCCGAUCCACUUACCGAGCAGAGAUCAUCGGAAUUGGAUUGAAUCCAAGUGAUUUCAGGGAGGGGCUGAUUAAGGCAACAAUUGGUAUCGGAGCUGGAGACAACUUCCCGGCACCAAGAUAUAUCAGAGCCAACAAUAAUGACGAUCUGCUUUCUACAGUUAUCACAUCAACAACACAAAAUAUUGACUGUGGCCGCGCUCCCGCUCCACCAGACAUGACAUGUUACACCGACAUCACUUUCAUCUUCGAGGCCUCUUAUGCUUCAAAAGCCAUGCAAGAGUUUGAACGUGAAGCAAUCAAAGCCUCUGUUCUCCACUUGCGUCCUUUUAUUGGAAACACCCAGGGUCGAAUCUCAGUGAUCUACUUCUCGUCACCUGAUGCUUCGUCUGUUCUCGUUUCAUUGAAUGGAGAUGUUGAUUCGGUCUACUCGACAGUUUCCAAUGCAAUGAUUCUCAAUGGAGGAGCUAGUGAUUUGGCUGGAGCGCUCACUUUGGCCAAUGGCGUCAUCGAUCAGAACCACUACGGAAACGCACAAAUCGUAGUGCUAUUCGCUCGUGGAUUGUACACCGAUGGAAACUCGACCAACUGUUGUAAUGAUCCUCAACCGCAAGCUGAUAAGCUCAAGAGUCGAGCAUUUGUGCAAGCUGUUAUGCUGGGCUCAGUGACCGAUCCGAAAGAGCUCGCCGCAAUCUCGAGCACUGCUGUGAUUGAUGGAAAUGCGUUGGUUCAGGAAGGCGGUAAUGCUCAAGCGAACGGCCAAAAGCUCGCCGACGCGUUGAACCCGAUUCUCGAUUUCCAGAUGAAAAACCAGACUUGUACAGGAGUUCAACAAUUCCCUCCACUUUGCCCCGAAUACAUCGACGUUACUUUGGCUUUCCACGCCAACACUUCGUACAUGCCAAUGGUCAAAGAUUUCAUCUCGCAACUGGUUCUCCCAGCCUUAUUCGGUGGAUAUCUUUCCCAAUCAGCUGUCACCGCGAACAGUCCCGUCAAUUUGGCUAUUCUGACCGUUGAUUACUCGAGUGUCACUGUGUUUUCCGAUUUCACCCAGCGCGUCUCACCAGCUCAAUACGCCAGCAUUGUGCAAAACAUUCCGAACAACGCCUCGACGAGCACGAUUCCGUACUUCUCCAAGGCAUACAGCUGGACGAACGAUCAGCGCUCACAAGGAAAGACGCGAAGCUGGGCAAGCACCAUUGUCAUUCUCAUCACCGAUGCACUAUCCUCUGUCGAUAGCCCCGCCUCCGAGCUCUACCGUCUGCAACCCGCUUACGCUGAGGCGAUUCAAAUCGGCCUGUUGACAACAAACUUGGCUGUCACCGAUCAACCGAUCAUUAUCAGCGAUAUCAAUCAAAUCAAUCCCCAAUUCCUGAAAAGCGCAAAGGGACUUGCCAGCGUGUUAGCGGCUCAGGCUUGCCGAGUGGUCACCACAACUGCUGCACCAACAACCACAACAACAACCGCAAAAACGACUCCCGCGCCUCUGCCAAGACCAAAGCCGAGAAUGGUCUGGCCCGACAUUACUAUCCUUGUUGACACCAGUUUCGAUGGAAACAAUGCUAUGACUGAUCGAGGAUUCCAACAGCUCCGCCAAUUCAUUUACUCGUACUUCUUGGACCAACUCUAUGUGGGCGAUCAGGGAUCACGAGUCGCUUUGGCCACUUAUGACAGUCAAAUUAAUAUCGCUUGUUACUUCUCUGAUAUUCACAACUAUUACGAUCUCUGGGACUGCAUCGUGAACAAGUUCGAGUACAACCUCUUGAAUCCGAGAACGAAAUCCAGGGAUUUGUCAAUGGCAUUGAACUCCUUGCAAACAUCAGUCUUCAAUCUCACCAGGGGAUACGCGCCCGUGAAAGAGAACUUCUUGUUCAUUUUCACCACUGGAUCUUCUUCUUCAUCGGUUGAUUCAACAGCAGCCCUGCAAAGCAUUCAACGAUUGGGCAUUCGAACGGUGGGAAUCGAUUUGGGAGCUGUGAUGGACAAGAAGGAGCUCAGCACAUACGGUAUCGAUUCGAUUCAAGUGAUGAACUGGAUGGACGAACAGAAUGGAAUCAUGGGACAGAACCCGCUCGGAUAUCAAAUCAUCGAUUUUGUCACAGGAACUCAUCGCCAACCAUUGUCCAACUUCUACGCCGAUUUCUACUUUGUCCUUGAUCUCUCCUUUGCCAUGAACGGCUUCUUUGAUUCGCUGAAAACUUUCAUCCACAACUUUGUCAACAAUUUGAACUUGGAUGAUCACAUGUCUCGAAUCUGGGUUGUUCCCUACAACAGUGGGGUGAUUCAGAGUGCCGUUCUUACUCAAUCGACAAGUCUAAUGGAUUUCGAGAGCUGGUACUCGUCCAAUUUCACCUACACCGUGCCCACCGACGCUGGCGCUAAUGUCGGAGCGGCCAUCGACACGGUCGUUUCGAUGAUCGGUGCGACGACGAACACAAACAAACUCGCGCAUGUCAUCUACGUGGCUCAAUCACCAACAGCCAACGGUACCGAGAAAGCCGCCCAAUUGGCCAAUCGACGAGACGUUCAACAAUAUGUGCUUCAAACGAAUGUCCAAGUGAACUACUCGUCAACUCUCUCAAAUGGUUUUGUCUAUCGUUGUCAGGGAACUGACGACUUGAAUAACUGGCUGUACUACUCCCGUCGUCCAUUUAACAAUGUCACUCAAUUUUUCAAUGACUUGAUUGCAAUGCAAGAACAAUACCGCCAGAACAACGAGAUGCAGCUGGCCGAGGUGCAAGUUGAUAUCGCAAUCGCUUUGGAUCAGACUGGUUUGACGAAUACCACGUUUGAGGCUUUGAAAUCCUAUUUGGUUGGCUUGGUGAAUCGACUCCAUGUCUCGAGAACCGGCACCCAAAUCGCGUUGCAAGCUUUCAGUGGACGACAGGAAGUCGAAGGUGGCUUCCAUUUCAUCGACAAUCGAGACGCCAAUGGAGUCGCUCAAAGCAUUGCAGCUCUCAAAUAUCGAAGCUCGAAUCCAAACGUGACACAAUCGGAUCUUGUCACCACCCUAAGUCAAAUCAAUCGCAACUUCUUGGUACCGCAAAAGGGAUGGAGGAACGGGCCGACCUAUGUUUUGAUGCUUCCAUCUGGCCAGAGCUUCUACAAUACCACUCAAGCCACCGCUGAUGCUUUGAAGAUCUUGCAAAAGGCGAGAACUUUUGCCAUUGGAACGAACGGAGUGAGAAACGAUUAUGUGCGACAAUUCGUCACUGGAAAGACUGAUGAUAAUUAUCCGACUGUCCCCGAUCCAACAGCGCUGACUGCUGGAAGCGAUGUCGACAAGCAGUUGACACUUGAUAUCACAAAAUGGUUCGAGGACCUCGUCUACCCCACACUUCCACACAUUGAUGACACGAACGCCGAUUUCGUUUUCCUCAUCGAUCACCACAUCUCACUGACUGAUGCUGGAUUUACUGCGAUCAAACAAUAUUUGACUGAAUUCAUUACAAAUCAAGUGACCAACGUUGGGACGAGGAGUCGCUUGUCCGUGGUCUCGUACAGAUAUGCGGCUGUAAUCCCGGAGCAAAGCUGGGAUUUGAACGCUUUCAAAUCGCAAGUCGAACUGAUGAACGCGGUGAACCAAUUGAGAUACAGCUCCGGCUCCGUGAGCUCCGAUUUGAGUUUAGCGAUCAACUAUUUCUUCCGAAAUAGCACUUUUGGCUACAAUCCAAAUCGCCUCACCAUUGUUGUCGAUAUCGCCUCGGCACCAAACACUACAACUCCACUCUUCCGAGAUACUAUGUAUGGUUUGAAUCAAGAAACGUUCACCUUUGCCUACACUUAUUCGAACAAUAACGGUACUCGGUGGGAUUAUAUCAAUCAGUUCUUGGGAGACGAUGGUUAUGAUAACUACCACCCCCAAUUCGCCUUCCAACAAACGGAUCGUCAAUUUAAGCAAUAUGUGAUUAACUCAUACGCUGCCUGGUACGCCACUUAUGGA